UCUCUCGCUGUUUACUUUUUACAGUCUCGAGAACUAGGUUUUGAGUUUCGGAUUCAUGGUUUGUGAAAUUGCCUUUACCGAGUUGAAUUCUAAGGAUUGUCAUACAGGAAUGUGUAAUUUAGUUUUAAGUGUGAAUCGCUUGAUAGUUUAGUUUAAUUUGAUUUUUGGUUGUUUGUUGGUAAGUUCGUUGACCUUCGAGGGAGUUCGGAGAUUGUUAGAGAAAGACUUGGGGUUAGAGACCUUUGCUUUGGAUGUUCAGAAGAGAUUCGUCAAGCAAUGCCUGCUAAAGGCCCGUCUUAGAGGGGAAAAAAAAGAUGAACUGACCUACUAGUUUGGAAUAGAGCUCUAAUUUACUUUUAGUAACAUGAACAUCAAAAGCCUUGUUGCUGCUGGAACUUUUGGAUGUUAACAAUGUCAUUUAAUGAAGGAAUGGAUGCAUUGUGGAAUGUCAAGACUUACUGGAAAGUGUUUAGAUGGUGCAAAUGAGGAUGGCUCCAAGAGUUCUUGUGAAACAGUGGAGAAAAAUGUAAGUACAACCACUGAAGGAACAGAAUCACCCGAAGAACGAGAACCUAAGAAAGAAGUAAAGGAACCUUGCUCUGAAGAUGAGGAGAAAUUAGAUGGCUCUCCAGUUUUGGGCCUUCUGGCUGGACAUAAAACUACGAAAGUUAAGAAUAAAGAAACUAAAAAAGUUUCUGAGAGUACAAUACAGAAAGCUAUCAGGAAAAGGGCUUCAUAUCUUGAAGCUAAUUCAGAUAAAGUCACAAUGGCUGGACUUCGUCGGCUUUUGGAGGAAGAUCUUACACUCGAUAAAUUUACACUCGAUCCGUACAAGAAGUUUAUAUCUGGAAAAUUAGAUGAGGUAUUAAAGUCUCGCGAAGUUUCUGCAGCUGCAAGUGAGGUUAAGAAAAAAAAACUCAAUAAAAAAUCUCUGAUCAAACCUUCUAAAAAGGUCAACAAGAAAAUGAAUUCUGCUUCAUCUGGAAGUGAGAAUGAUGAGGAGGAAGACGAUGAAGUAGAACAAGAGGAAGGGAAAGAGGAAGAGGAAGAGGAAGACGAAGAAGUGAAGCCCAAAAAAAAGAUCACUCCUAAAGGGAAGACUAAGAACUCUGAAGGGCUUAAAAAGCGGAAAAUACCUAAAAUAGAGGCAGAGAUGCCUAGCAAGAAGAGAAGCAAACACACAGAAUCAAAUUCAGAUGAUAAUAGCGAUGAAGAAGACAGUGGGAGUGUCUCUGAUAAUGGUUGCUCUCGAUCUUCUGCUGCGAAGGCUGUCAAGAGAAAAGAAACUUCUGCUCCAGUACAUGGGAAACGUGUGGAACUUCUAAAGUCGGUUAUCAAGUUAUGUGGGAUGAGUGUUCCUCCCUCAAUCUACAAGAGAGUCAAACAGGUGCCUGAGAAUAAACGUGAAGCCCAAUUAAUAAAGGAACUAGAGGAUAUUCUUUCUAAAGAAGGGUUGUCUGCAAAUCCUUCAGAAAAAGAAGUCAAGGAUGUGAGGAAGAGGAAAGAGAGAGCAAAAGAACUAGAAGGAAUUGACACGGGUAAUAUCGUGAUAAGUUCACGUAGAAGGCCUACAACCAGUUUUACUCCUCCCCCAAAGCCCAAAAUACCAGAUGUUAGUAGUGAUGAUGAAAGUGAAGAAAGUGACGAGGAUGAUGGUGAUGAUGAUGAUGAAGACGCUGGUGAUGAUGGCAACAGCCAAAGUGAAGAAUCAGAUGAAGAAGAAGAUGAAGACAGUGAUUGAAUCCAUACAAGGUGAUUACUGGCCCAUCAACUGUUCGAUUAUGGUUCUGUAUUAUGUAUUUUAAAUUUUUAUUUCUCACUAAGGUUUUCUUGUUACAUAGUUGGUGUGGGAGUCAGUAGUCCUUGAUAGAAAAAGGAAAUGGCUUUUUAAUGUUUUGAUUAGGAUGUUUGUAUUAUGAACGAGUACUGUGACUUAGGGUUUUCAUUUUAGGCCAUAGAAUUUUGUCUGUUAAUGCUACGUUUGGUUUUAAAUGUGGGGAAGGGUUUAUUGCCUGAUUUAGGCUUAUCCCUCCGUUAUGAAAAGGAAUUUAGGUUGAUAUAUAUAUAAUAUUUCUUUUUCUUCUUA